AGAAGCCGUCCCCUUCGCUGCAUCACCCACUUGAACCACGAUGUCUAAACCGAAGUUUCAGACGGAGUGGGAGGAAAUUGACGAUGAAUAUCAACAAUUACAGGAAACUCACAAAAUAUACAGACAAAAACUUGAGGAGCUCACCAACCUCCAAACAACAUGCAGCAAUGCUAUCAGUAAACAGAGAAAAUGUCUAAAAGACUUGAGGUACAGUAUGAAAAAGUGUGCACAAACAUGUGAUGAAAAGCAACUUGAACAAAUAAAAGACAUCCAAACACAAAUCAAAGAGAAAGAAAAUGUGUUCUUUGAUAUGGAAGCAUAUUUGCCAAAGAAAAACGGGCUGUAUCUGAAUUUGGUCCUGGGCAAUGUAAACGUUACGCUUCUCAGCAACCAGGCAAAAUUUGCUUACAAAGACGAAUAUGAGAAGUUCAAGCUUUAUAUGACGAUAAUCCUGAUGUUUGGAGCCAUAACCUGCCUCUUCUUUCUCAACUGUCGUGUCACUGAUGAAAUCUUCAACUUUUUGCUGGUGUGGUACUAUUGCACAUUGACGAUAAGGGAAAGCAUCCUCAUGUGCAAUGGCUCCAGGAUUAAAGGGUGGUGGGUUUCUCAUCAUUAUGUGUCCACCUUCCUGUCAGGUGUGAUGCUUACCUGGCCUGAGGGGCCGAUGUAUCAGCUGUUCAGAAGCCAGUUCCUCGCUUUCUCCAUCUAUCAGAGCUUUGUUCAGUUCCUCCAGUAUUACUACCAGAGCGGCUGCUUGUACAGGCUGCGAGCUCUGGGCGAGAGAAAUCAACUGGACCUCACAGUGGAGGGAUUUCAGUCCUGGAUGUGGAGAGGACUCACAUUUCUAUUGCCAUUCCUGUUUUUUGGCCAUUUUUGGCAGCUGUACAAUUCGGUGACCCUGUUUCGCUUGGCAGGACAUGAGGACUGUAAGGAGUGGCAGGUGUUUAUGCUGGCGCUGACAUUUCUCGUCUUAUUCCUGGGAAAUUUCCUCACCACGGUAAAAGUCGUCCACCAGAAAGUUCAGAAAAACCAGGAAACGGUGCAAAAAAAUGACUGAGAAUAAACUCGCAGACAUUCCAGAUUCUUCAAAUGGGCCAGUAAUUUUUGAAGCAACACACACAAUCGCUUGACAGACUGACUGACCGCAGUACGAUCAGGUCGGGAGAAGACAACGUUGAAAACACCCUCACUCUCUCUCUCUCUCUCAGGCUUUGACGACCACAGCAGCGUCCAGCUAAAGCAUUCAGCCAAAAGGCUUUUUGCUUUCUAAAGACUCGUAGUCGUCGUUCGCUGCACAGUCAGUCCGGACGCAUAGUGAUGUUCGCCUGCUAGAUGAACAGUUUGUUGCUUUAUCCUGUACAGAAAAAGUGAGUGGAGAGAAUGUGUUUUAUUUGUGUCUGUGCGUUAAUCCGUCAGAGAGGCUUUGUUCAAAUCAUAUGCAACUAAACAAGAACAGAACAUAGUUUUCCUUUGAAGACCGAAGUCUGUCAUGUACAUACUUCAAACUUCUGUGAAGUAGUAAUGAUCAAACUGUCUCUGGCUAAAAAACUAAAUUGGACCUGUUCAAUUCUGCACUGCGCUUCAUUGCUUGAGAUUUUUUUACGUGUGGUACUCGGCUCCCUGUUGUGCUUUUUCACUGCUAACCACUAUUUUUUACUAGAAUUUUGUUCUUGAAAAAUGACAAAUGUAGGUCAAAACUUAAAAAAACUAAACUUAAAACCUGAUACUUGACUGCCCAAAACAACCUUCAUUUUCAGAAAAAAAAAAAUACCAUGUGUUUUAUUUUUCUCCGUCUGGAGUCUGUUGGCAGUUCUGCUUCGGUUUUCCUCGAAAGCGUCACGACUACAGAGAACUGCAACACUGUUUCUCCCUUCAGGCUACAUUUUAAAAAAGCCAUAACUGUUUUUUUUUUGUAUAAACGAAUGCAUAAACUAGGUUCUCUGGCUAAGUCACAGAAGCACGCACAAACUUGAACUGUCUCUACAAAAAAAAAACCCGUUGUUCCCAUUCAGAGGCGAGUCCAUAUGAGCUCCUUCUUUGUAGUUACACAUCUAUGUUCACAUUAACUUAAUGCUUACAAACUGUAAUAUAUACUUAAAUCUUAUUGGCGUAGGAAGAGCUUAAAGCUUGAACGUCUUUUUCACAAAACCCCUCAGGUUAGAGGUUAAGAGUUCAAAUUCAGUUUAACACUUGAAGUCCAGACAGAGUUUGGAUUUGUCUUCAACACGCUGGUUGUUCCCAUGUUCUUAUGUGGUGUUACACAAAUGUAUUAUGAUGCUGCUAUUGGCACUCGUACUGUAUGGCUAUGAUACAGAAUGAUGAUUCAAAAUGUGAUGGGUUAUUGUUUUUCUAAUUGCAGUCGGAAAAAAACUAAACUUAAUAUGUAUGAAUUAAUUUACGGGCAAAUGUGGCACUUCUGCUCUAGAUCACGGAAGUUUGUGUUUUGAGCAUUUUUUUACUUUUUUUUUGGGGGGGGGGGUUGCAAGGGUUCAGAUGGGUUCAAACAAGUUGAUCUGAUCAUGUCUUUGAUGUCUUCUUCUUCCCUUCAGCCUAUCACAGCAAAAAAAAUGCCCUACUUUUAUUUGGGAAAUCCAAAGACAAGUAGCACUGCAUUUAUGUCAUUCUCCUGAAGGGAAUCACAGUAUUUAUGUAUCAUGUUUAUUGAAGGGAAACGUACGGCUUACUACCGAGAUACAGACCAAACUGUUGUGAUGUGAUUGAGAGCUGCCAGAAUGCACAAAACAACUCGAUGUCCUCAUUUAUAUCAUGUAGCUGAUGUUUAAACAGUGUUUUCCUCCUUUUCAUUUCAGAAGUGUAACUGGUGCCUGAGUAGGAUCAGUAACGAGACAGUGACCAUUUCUCAAUCUGUAUACGUUGUUGUAAAAGAAAAAUAUUAAUAA